AGUUUGUGGCUCAUCUUUGCGGAAAGUGGUGUUACCAUGGCAACGUAAGCUGUUGAAAUCAAGCAGCUCGUGUUUCCUUUUUGUAGACUUUCUCCGGUUAGGGCCUUAACAGACGAAGAUGGACGAUAACUUCAGGGGACAACGCAGACUAUUCCCACAUCCACUACCUAAACUGGAUGGAAUACCUUCAGAAGCGUAUAAAGAGGCUCUAAGGCGCAGUGAGUUCCCUCCUAUUCUCGCUCCACCUUUGUGGACUCGGUGUGUUCCAUUUAAAGAACAAUUCUACCACCGAACUCCCAGUGAGUCUAUUGGAAACAACUACAGCCCCCGGGCCAAGCACCUUAAUAUUGAUCGACUGAAAGACAAACAGCACUCUUCUCAAAGUUCCUCUGAAAAACAAGCAGCAGGGUCUUCUGCUUGUCCACCUGGACGGGAAACGUUCUCCCACCACAGAAGAGACACAUCGUCUCACGCUUCAAGCUCAUCCAAGGCAGAGCAGGAGCCUGAAAACUCAGAGGCAGCCAGUAGCCGGCCUUUGAGUCCUGGAGAGCAGCUCGACCUCAUGUGCAGGCAGGAGGAGGAGUUGAGGGCCUCUCAGACUGAACCAAGUGACAGCGACAUGGAAAGGUACAUGUACUACAUCAACAACUGCAUCCCCAUUUCUGAGAUGGCCCCUUACCUACACCAGCAUACUGUCAACAUCAUGAAACUGCUGCCUCCUGAGCCCGAGGAUAAUAAAAGAGACUUCCAGGUUCUGAGGGAGAACCUGCUAGAGCAGGCAGAACAAGAAUACUAUUUCAGCAACCAGAAAAGCAUAGUGGAUUAUAUUCUGAUGGACCCAUCAGAGCGUCAGCGAUUGUCCAUAUUCAGCAUUCCCAAGCCUUUUCCCAGGAGGGUGAUCAGUGCACCAGUUCCCUGGUCACUCAGCUACAAGGAAGCCAGACUGUGGCAGAGCCAACAUCUCUUUGUGACCUGUCCCAUAAUGAUUCAAAUGCAGGACUUCUGGAACGAAAGAUUAUCAUGCUUAAGAUUUGUAAAACUGGAGAACCUCAAGUCCACCACCUGGUCCCUCCCGCUCCCCCCAUCUGAGUUUGAACAGUUUGUCCAGAGGCAGUGCCAAGCUGCCAGAGAUGAACUGCUUCAGUCGUGGCUGCCGUUCUGUGCAUCGCUAUUUGUCAACCUCGAGAGCCUGUCCCUCAUACCCAGCACCAAGCUGGCGGCUCACGCUGGAUUCCAGGAGAUCUUCAGCUGUGCGGCAGCGCUGAUGUCGCUGCAGCUCCGAGGCCUUGUCUCAGCCUCUCUACAGGACCUGCAGGAAUUCUUUAUGAUACAUCAGCAGGGAAAUGAUUUUGGGGAGAUGUUCGAUGAGAUGAAGCACAUUCAACCUCAGACGCUCCUGGUUGAGCUACAAGUGGAAGACACUCACAUUGAGUUUAUUCCCAGCCUCCAGGAGUGUUGGGAGGUCAUUCACAGGGCCUUCAUGGAAAUAGUCAAGAGUGCUGAGAAGCUCCCAAGAGUGGAAUGUGACUUCUUCUCUCAUGUCAGUAACUUGUAUCUGCGCACCGUCGGACCUGAUGACUCGCUGGUCACAAACAUUGUUGAUGAAGUCAAGGAGGUGUUCCAUAAGAAUACAGUGGGACCCAAAAAAUACCUGACUGCAUAUGAGAAGUACAGUGACCUGCUGGACAGUACAGCAGACCAGGAUGUGUCAGUUUUCCUCAAAGAACAGCACACUUUGGAUGAAACCGCCAAAAAGAUUGAGAGCAUUGAUGAGUUAGAGAAGGAGCUCGCCUCGCUGCCUGUCACGGUUCCUCUGUCCAUGUUUUGUCUGCAUGCCGGAGAGCUGAACGCUGACCUGAGUGACUGUGCCAGGAGUUUAAAAGACAAGAUCAUCAUGUUUAAAGUGGAAGAGAAUCGCAACCUUAACCAUCAUAUCUGUCAGAGGUUUGGGGAGAUCCAAGACACGGUCCAGGGCAUGCCUACAAAUAAAGAGGACCUGGAGACACUCAUGGGCUACAUUAAAGUUAGCAGAGACGUGACCAUCCCCAGUUUGAUGGAAGAGGUCAGUGCUGCUGUCCACCGCCUGCUCUUCCUCCUGGACUACGCCACCAUGGAACCCAAUGACUUCAGGCUGAACUCGUCAGUUUUUGCGUGGCCGCUCCAGCUCCAGAAAGACCUUGAGGACAGUGAGUCUCGUAUGGAAAUCCUGACAGGACAGGAUCUUCAAACCAGGCCAGAAGAGUUGAGAGCAGCAGCCAGUGAGGAGGAGUCUCUGAAAAAGUCUCUGGAAAAGAUGAAACAAGAAUGGGCUGACCUUAGCUUCUCUUUCACCACCUGUAGAGAUGCUGUAAACGGAACCAAAAUUCUGUCCACCAUAGAGGCCAUCAAAACCCUUGUAGACGAGCACAUAGUUGAGACCCAGACGAUGAGAGGGUCUCCUUUUCUUGAGCACAUAGAGACUGAAUGGAAGGAGUGGGAGACGCUGCUGCUGGACAGGAAGGACAUCCUUGAUGCUAUGCUUAAGUGUCAGACCACCUGGCUCCAGCUCAAGCCCAUCUUCAGCUCAGAGGAAGUCAUCGUUAAGCUGCCUGAAGAAAGCCUGAUGUUUGAUUAUGUGGACAAGUGCUGGAAGAACAUUGUCGCUGAAGCUGUUAAGGAUCCACGGGUCCUCGUGGCUACAGACCAGCCCAACAUGCUGAAACAGCUGCAGCAGGCAAACAAAAACAUGGAGGACAUCCAGAAAGUUCUCAAUAUAGUGUGUUGAUGAAAUUUU